UGAACAUCACACCAAAUCACACACCAGAGCACAGCACACACAGCACACCACGCCCCAAUCUUCAAAUUGCCUGGCGUCUAUGAUCAAGAGACCUCCCUGACAAUCUCUAAAAUCCCCGGCGCCACUACCGCACAUAACUUUCCGGCAAAAAUCCUGCGCUUUUGAUCAACUUGCGACGAAACAACUCUGUACGGAGAUCAGAGACUUCACACGCGACCACUUCCAUUCACCUCACGAAUAAAGGACAAGACCAAGUCUCAAGAUUGACAAUUAGAGAAAGACACUGAACGAACUCUGCGAAACCGGUUCCGUGCGCCUCCACCUCUGACUCGAGAGCAAGGACGAAAUCUACUACAGCUUCUACCACCAACCCCUCCUCCUUCCUCCCCCCUCGCCUCUUUCGAACAUCAUAGUCUAUCGUACGCCGCCACAAUGGGAGGUCAACUCUCGAAGAUGAUGGGGAAGAUCUUCGGAUCGAAAGAAAUGCGCUUGUUGAUGCUGGGACUUGAUGCUGCCGGAAAGACGACGAUACUGUACAAAUUGAAGCUCAACCAAGAUGUUACGACGAUUCCUACUGUGGGAUUCAACGUGGAGACGGUCACAUACAAGAAUGUUAAGUUCAAUGUCUGGGAUGUGGGUGGACAAGAUAAGAUUCGACCGCUUUGGAGACAUUACUUCAGUGGUACACAAGGUCUAAUUUUCGUCAUCGAUUCCUCGGAUAGAGACCGCAUAGAAGAGGCAAGACAAGAACUCCACCGAAUCAUCAAUGACCGAGAAAUGAAGGAGUCGUUGUUACUUGUCUUUGCGAACAAGCAAGAUAUCGCUGGAGCAAUGAAACCACAAGAAGUUACCGACCAGCUCAAGCUCACCACCCUGAAAGACAAGGUCUGGUACGUCGUUCCGAGUUGCGCGACAACAGGAGAAGGAUUAUUGGAAGGCUUAGCGUGGCUAUCCAAUAACGUCAAAUCACCUCCCGCUCAAGCCAAGAAGUAGAAUCUCCCUCGGACCAUACACGAUUCAUGACCACCUUCGUCGAUUCGACACUAGAAAGGCAACAAUGGCACGGCGAACGGAUACACAAGAUAUACCAAAAGCGGAUCAGAUUGGUUUCCCCAUACCCAAACAUUCACGACUUUCCUCACUUCUCCCUCGGUUUCUGAAACUUUGCCUUGGCUUGUAUAAUUGAUGAUGCUCAUGCAGCGUUGCUUCUUUGAUUUUUCAGUUUGCGUUGCCUCUUUUUUUUGUUAGCUUGCUUGCGGCGGCGAUACCAGAUGCUUCAUUCUUCAUUCUUCUUUUUGGUUGAUACCAAAAUGCGCGUUCUUGGGGAGGAAUGGAGAUGGCGGAGAAAACGAGGGCUUGGAGGAUAUGACUAUUGUAAUUGUACGUUGGUAAGACUUUGUAAUAGUACGCAACGUCGCUAGUUUCACGAGCUAUGGUGUUCUCCA